AUGUCAUCAAGAACAGCACAACAACCCUCCCAACCCCCCAAAGAAUCCGCCUACACCCAGUCUGCAAACCCCAUAACCCACAGCCCCUACGAAACCCAACAAAGCCAAGAGCGCGAGCAACGCUCAUACGGCACCGCACCGGGCCUGAUAACCCGCGGCGUAUCAUCAAAACCGUCCAGAAACGAAACAAUCUUGGCCGCGAGACAUCGACACGAGGCGUCCCUCAAGGCAAUGCAGGACGAGGGCGACGUGGAUACGGACUACGGGGUUGAGCAGCAGCCUAACGAGGGUGAAAUUGCGCACGCGGUGGAGGACCACUCGCGACAUCGGAUGCAGGCGGGUGCACAUGCUGGUGCUGUUGGGACUGCGCAGGGGCCUGGAAUGCCGGCGUAUGGUGAGGGGGAGGAUACGAUGGCGCAUUUGGAUCGGAAGGGGGAGGAGCAUAAGCGGAUUUUGGGGGAGAGGGUUGGACGGUCGCCACCGGUGCCGGAUGGGGAGACGGCAGAGAGGGAGAGGCUUAGGUCGAGGAAGUUGAAGGAAGAUAGGGAGCUGCAUGUUGGGGAUGCGGUGAGGGAGGCGACGGGGAGCCCGGUUGUUGGGAGGUAG